GCCGCUCUCCAGGGCGUCUGUAAACACACCCCGAGACUGUCAUGGAGGGGGAGGAGGAGGCGGCGGCGGCGAAAGGGGGCGUUUUGGGCCGCCUCCAGGGUCCGCUCUGUCAUUCCUGAACUGGUCCCUCGUCCCCGUGACUGUGGCAUCAGGGAAUCGAACUAUUAGGCGAAAGGAGGAGACAGUCAGAACCAUAUCCCCUUCUUCCCCCGGGGCGGGGGCCGGGCCGGGCCAGGCCGGCUGAGCCGGGGGAGGGCAGUGGGAGGGAGCGCCUGGCCAGGCCGGCCUGUCCGCCGAGAUGGAUGACAGUAAGGUGGUUGGAGGGAAAGUAAAGAAGCCCGGCAAACGUGGUCGGAAGCCAGCCAAAAUUGACUUGAAGGCAAAACUUGAGAGGAGCCGGCAGAGUGCAAGAGAAUGCCGAGCUAGGAAAAAACUAAGAUACCAGUAUUUGGAAGAGUUGGUAUCCAGUCGGGAAAGAGCCAUAUGUGCCCUCAGAGAGGAACUGGAAAUGUACAAGCAGUGGUGCAUGGCAAUGGACCAAGGAAAAAUCCCUUCUGAAAUCAAGGCCCUACUCACUGGAGAAGAGCAAAGCAAAUCUCAGCAGAACUCAAGCAGGCACACAAAAGCUGGGAAGACAGACGCUAAUAGCAAUUCCUGGUGAAGAUUUAUAAAAUGACGAGUCACUGAUUGAAGCCAAUACUUUAUCCUAUGGAGGAUGAAUGGGCAAGAUUGUACUUCUUGGCUCCAUUUACUACCUACUGCUCAGUAGUCAUCUCUGUAAAUCUGCAGUUUCUACCAAAAUGUGUGAUCAUAGAUCCCAAAGGAUUUUGCUUUAACUUUCAACACUUAGAAAAUUUAUAAACAUUCAGACCUGUUCUGGUUGCCCUUGCCACCCAUGGCAUUGAACAUGUUGCAAUGCUUGAAAACACAGGAGUAGAGAGAAGUGGGUGAAGAUUGUAUUUUUGCACCUUAACUCUACAUUGCUUUAUUGGUUAAUUUAUAUUCUUUCCAUGUAUUUCAUGUCAUUGUAUGUGUAUGUGUGUGUAGGUGUGUCACCUUCUUUUAUGUUUUUGACUGCCCUACAAAGAGAAACCAAAUGGGCUGAUUACCAAGUUCUCAGCCUUUAUGGACCUAAUCUUAUUUGUUUCUAUCUACUUGAGUAAUGUUUAUUUUCUGCAUGAACCAUGAUUUCUCCUGUGAGCCAUUCCAGCAUAAGCUGUGAAUAUGUAUUAACAAAUAUAUACAUUUCUAUUUUUAUAAUCCAUAAUGAUAUGCCUGUUUUAAAUAAUGUACAUGUUAACAAAAUCCAUCAGGAAAGCCCCCAAGACAGCGUCUGUUUAAAACUUUUGUUGCUGUCUUCUCAAACUAUAUUUAUAAAAGUUUGCUAGGGCCUAGUCCAUAUGUGGAGAAUAAUUAGUCAAAUUUUAUUUUUAAGCAAGAAGUAACCUUUUAGGCAUUUCAGCAGCAGACAUCCUCUUGACAACCUAGAAUAUGUAUGUAUGUACGUAUAUAUAUGUGUUUCUAUCGUAUGUCUGUAUAUGUAUGUGGGGAGGGUAGGAGUGAAUGUUCACACACAUUGCCUUGUGUAGUCAACUAACUCGGAGUAUUUUCCUAAAGAAAAUAGGAUGAAAUCAGCUGCUGAGAUCGAGUUUCUGCCUCAAGAGAUCUGGAACAAACCGAGGGAGAAAUUGUUAGUAGAUCUAAUGGCUGUAGGCAUAACCAGAACACUUAGUUUCUUCCCUGACAUGAGUUUCCGCAGGAAAAUGUUCUGAGCCAGGAAGAAACACACUGUGGGUGUGCAUCUGGUUCGGCCCUGACGGCACCUCCGCUCUGGAGUGAAGCCGUGAGCUGGAGUUGUGCACAGCAGGCGGCUGGUGGGCCAGGCAGGAGGGGCACAAGGCCAGAAUGGUUCUUUCCAGUUCCUGUCACAGCUUCAUUUACUUUCUUCCUGACUACCAGAGUGAUGGU